AUGUCUACAGUAGCUUUGUCAGCAACAAUAGGAAUGUAUGGUUAUGUGGCUACAUUUUCGUUGGGUAUUGUUGGACAUUCAUGCAGCUUAUUGACAUUUUCUCAACGUCAAUUACGUUCAACUUCUACUACUAUUCUCUUUCUUAGCAUUAAAAUAUUUGAUAUGUUGUAUUUAUUUAUGAGUCUCUACGAUUUUUUUCUCAUCAAUCCUAGUUUAUCUCAAUUAAGUCCUUAUUGUAUCUCAUUGUGCAGAUUUCGAACAUUUACCAUAAAUUUUGUUCAAACAAUAUCACCAUGGUUAUUAAUUUACAUAGAAUUCGAUCGAGUAGUUCGUGCUCGAUUACCACAUCAUACAAGACAACUAUGUACAAAAGAAAAUGUCCUUAUAUUACUCCUUAUGACCAUUGCAUGUACUGUAGCAUUCAAUAGGCAUGUCCUUCAAUCAUCUUUUAGUACUGCAUUUCCAUUCAAUCGUAUUACUUGUGGUCCAGCACGUGUAAAUCUAACUGAUUAUACUAUAUUCUACUUUUUAACAUGGCCUGCUCUAGAAAUAUGCACCAAUAUUCUAGCACCAGCAUUUCUAAGGAUCGUUUGUCUGAUUGCUAUUUAUUGA